CGUCCCUGUCGGCGCGUGCGCAAUGCGAACCUUCCCCGGCCCUGCUUUAUGCCGCAGCAUGGAAUUCCGCUCAGCGAAGCGAGCGGUCCUGCAGCUGCUCCGUACGGUGGCCCCGGCAGACCUCCCAGCACUGCUCGAGUGGAUGCGAACUACCCGAGAUUUUGAUGAAUUCACUCAAGAUAAUAAUGACAUUAUGUUGAAAAACAUAGCAGAAGACCUUCGAAAUUGCUUACCUCUAGAAACCAUGCUUUCCUCAGAACAUCUGGCCCUCCAAAAAAUACAGCGGCAGCCAGAACCCACAGUUCACGUUGAUGCAUUCCUUUAUGAUGAAGACUUUAUUGAUUCAUUGUGUGAGGAAGGAAAAAUGAGCAGAAACUACUGUACGGUGUGUGGCUCACACCAGACGGCACCUUUAGGAUUUAUUUCUCACUCCUUCUCCCUCAUGGAAUUGAAGUUCAUUUAUCAUCACGUACUCCCUGAUCUGUCGGGAAAGGUCUUGGUUGACGUUGGCUCCAGGCUUGGCGCAGUCCUUUAUGGGGGGUAUCUUUACAGUUCAGCAUUGCAACUAUAUGGAGUAGAACUGAAUGGAGACUUUUGCCAGUUGCAGGAAAUGAUCGUAAAAAAAUACCAGUUCACUGACAGAAUAAAGGUGCUUCACGCAGACGUCUGUACCCAGGGCUCACUUCUGCAGAAUGCUGAUGUUAUCAUAAUGAAUAAUGUCUUCGAAUAUUUUCUGGAUGAGGCAGAACAGGCCAGAGCCUGGGAAUAUAUCAGCCGUCAUGUAAGGAAGCAAGGAUCCUUAUUAGUGACAGUACCAAGUCUCGAAGAUUCUCUCUCAGGUCUUCAGCAAAUACCUUGAGACCUUAUACUCCAUAUCUAUAACUGUUCAAGAUAAGAAUGCAGCAGUGAACAAGACAGACAAGCCUCUAGUCUUCAUGGAGUAUAUUUUCUCCUUGGGGGAGCGGUGGGAGUACAGCAUCCUAGACAAGUAAAACAAAUUACCAAUGGAGUUUUUGCUUGACAUAAUACUUUUCAAUAACAUAUGACCUAUUGUUAUUCAAGGAUUACUAUAUACACCAUAUAGUCACCUGUAUAUUACUAUAUAGCUCCUCAUACAUGUUUAGUGACACUUCAUGCUAUACUCAUUAAAACAGGGAAAUUAGUUAUCACCUUUGAAGGGGAAAAGAUUCUGGCAAGGAAGACCUAUACUGUCCACCUGUAGCAGACUACUUAAUACCGUGUGGAAGGCAUUUAGCAAAAGAACACAGGAGAUGAGAAGAACUGCCCAAAGCUUUUCUCCUCUUUGAUCAACAUAUUGUGUCUCACAUGACAAGGGCGUGACACCACCUUAUACACAAACUUACCCUUCUCCAUUCAAACUCCAAGCUGGCAGGGGAGAACAGACAGAGCACUGUGUCUCUUUCCUGGUGCGGCAUGCCAGGGAGAAAUACCUCUGUUAUAUAAUUUUCUGCAUCUUCAAAACAAAUCAAGCCUCCAAAUAAGAGAUGUUGUCACCCCUAGAAAAGUUAUACCCAUCAGAAGAGGAGAUCCUCAUAUGUUGCUCAUAGGAGUUCAUUAAAGCCUUAAAAUGUCCAAAUACCUUGACUAA